GCCCAAGCCUGCGAAGACGCUUCCGAGGGAGGGGAGCUCCGGAUGGGGCAGUGAGGGGGAGAGGGCGCGCCCCGGGGAAGUUCCCUGCAGCUGGGGCACGGAGCCGGGCGCACACGUGGGCCGAGCCCUCCAGCCGCGCGGAGCCCGCCGGCCUGAGCAGACGCGCGCCGUCCGGGCUAGGGGGGCUUGGAGACGCUCCCUUCGUCCAUUGCAGCCAUGGCUUUGAAGGACACGGGCGGCGGCAGCAGUAGCAUCCUACCCAUCAGUGACAUGGGGUCCUCCUCCGCCGCGCCGUCCUGCUCGCCCUUCCCCGAGGUGGUGGAGCUGAACGUGGGCGGCCAGGUGUAUGUGACCAAGCACUCCACGCUGCUCAGCGUCCCGGACAGCACCCUGGCCAGCAUGUUCUCCCCGCGCCGGGGCAGCCAGGCGGCCGCCAGGGAGCUGCCCAGGGACAGCCGGGCGCGCUUCUUCAUCGACCGCGACGGCUUCCUCUUCAGAUACGUGCUGGAUUAUCUGCGGGACAAGCAGCUGGCCCUGCCCGAGCACUUCCCGGAGAAGGAGCGGCUGCUGCGGGAGGCCGAGUACUUCCAGCUGGGGGAGCUGGUCAAGCUGCUCUCCCCCAAGGUCACCAAGCAGGGCUCGCUCAACGACGAGGGCUGCCAGAGCGACCUGGAGGACAGCAACUCGCAGGGCAGCGGCGACCUCCUGCUGCGGACGGCGGCCGGGGCCGCUCUGGAGAAGCGCUCGGGCUUCCUCACCGUGGGCUACCGGGGCUCGUACACCACGGUGCGGGAGAACCAGGCGGACGCCAAGUUCCGCAGGGUGGCCCGGAUUAUGGUGUGCGGCAGGAUAGCGCUGGCCAAGGAGGUGUUCGGGGAGACGCUCAACGAGAGUCGGGACCCCGACCGGCCCCCGGAGAAAUACACCUCCCGCUUCUACCUCAAGUUCACCUACCUGGAGCAGGCGUUUGACCGGCUCUCGGAGGCCGGCUUCCACAUGGUGGCUUGUAACUCCACCGGCACCGCCGCCUUCAUCAACCAGUACAGGGAGGACAAGAUCUGGAGCAGCUACACCGAGUACAUCUUCUACAGACCACCUCAGAGAACAGUGUCUCCCAAACAGGAACAUGAAGAAAGGAAGCAUGACAAAGUCACAGACAAAGGAAGCGAAAGUGGGACUUCCUGCAAUGAGUUGUCCACCUCUAGUUGUGACAGCCAUUCAGAGGCUAGCACCCCUCAAGAAAAUGCUGCUAGCACCCAACAGUCAACAGCACACCAGCCAAAUACUCUAACUUUGGAUCGUCCAUCAAAGAAGGCCCCAUUGCAGUGGAUGCCACCUCCAGACAAACGCAGGAACAGUGAACUCUUUCAAACUCUCAUUAGCAAGUCUAGAGAAACAAAUCUUUCUAAAAAGAAGGUAUGUGAGAAGCUGAGUGUUGAAGAAGAAAUGAAAAAAUGUAUUCAAGAUUUUAAAAAAAUCCAUAUUCCAGAUUACUUUCCAGAGCGCAAACGGCCAUGGCAGUCUGAACUCUUACAAAAAUAUGGGUUAUAGUUAAUUGCCUCCCUCAUGAAGUAUCUCUGGUGCAUUUGAUGUUUAUUAAAGUUGCCACUAUCCUACUGCUGUCCUCCUUAUGGUCCACUCUGCAGUCAGAGUGAUUCCUGCUGCUUAUUUCUUUCUGUGAACAGUGGAUGUUGGAUAGUUCAUGGUUUACUUAAAAAAAAAAAAAACAAAAACAAGAUGAAUCUGGUCUAAACCAUUUUAUAUUAGUAAAACAAAAUGUGCAUGAUCAAGAAAGUUGGUUUUCACACUAUAAUCAUCUGGGAUUCAUUGUCAUUUUGUAACUCAUCAAAUAAAAAACCCAAUCAUCAGAUCACUGCUCACUUUAUGUCAUCAGUAAAAAUGACUCAACCUUGCUAUGGAUGGAGAGAAACAGGGUUUUAAAUUUGAUAGGACUGGUUACAGAACCAAAUCCCAAUACUCUUUCAAUGUUAAUGCAAUAAAGCAAAUAUCUAUUUUGCAUGAGCACAAUGUUACAAAUAAAUCACACAAGAACAAGAGGUUUGUCUGUUGCUUGGGUAAAUAUUUGUUUAAUGCCAAGCCUAUAAGCGUAAAAUGUCUUGGGGAUUGAAUUUGCAGAUCUGUGAUUUUUUUGUGUGUACAGUGUUCUGUAUGUAAGGAUGGUGUAAAUAUGCCUUAUACUGUUUCAUUAUUGCACCAACAUUCAUCUAUUAGUGCUUGUCAGAACUAUUUCUGUGAAAUGCAAACUUAAUGGCAGAUUGUGAAAACUGGUUUGAUGGUCUGAAAGUUUCUGUUAUCAUGUUAGUCAACAAAAUUGGAGAAAAAUAAAAAAGACAUUAAUGUAUUUAUUAAAAAGAACCAUCUGGUAGAUUUUCUCGGCUAUCAUUGUCUUCUUUGA